GUAAUUUUCACGAAAUAAAAUAAUACCAUGUACUUGUUCGUUCCGCGGCAAAUUUACUUGAAGUGGUUAAUAACCUUACCGUGAUUUGCGCUUUUUUGUGUGGGAUUUUUUAUCCUAAAGCCAAAUUUGAAUUUUAUAGUAGAAUUUUAUGUUUGCAUGUUGGUAUUGUAAUUUGAAGGGGGAUUGUGUGAAAAUAGUAACGUCAUAGAAUAGCGCCAAAAUAAACCUAGAUCGAAAAUUCUGUAUGUUAAGGUAAACUAACUAAUGAUCGUGUAUAUGGUUUUAGAAAAACAAAAUAGUAAAACUUCAAAUGAUGGGAUGUUUAAAAUCUAAAGAAGAGCAUGUACAAGUGGAAGAACAACAGACGUUCAGUUGGGAUCGUGAAGACAGACCUGACCCGAAAGAUUAUACGAUCGCGGAUCAAAACGAUGCUACUUGCGGUCGCAAGCCAUGCACGGUGAACGGUCAGCAGUUUAUUAUCGAUCGUUGCACCAACUCGUAUAUUUACAUUUUCGACCAUUCCGCCAUGGUGACUAUUGACAAUUGCGAGAACUGUAAGAUAUUCUUGGGUCCUGUCAAGGGGAGUGUGUUUAUCAGGAACUCCAAAAACUGCCAGCUCGUUGUCGCUUGUCAACAAUUUCGCUCCCGAAAUUGUCGUAAAAUCGAUACUUAUUUGUGUUGCGCGACUCAACCUAUUAUCGAAUCGUCAGCUGGCAUGAGAUUCGGAUGUUUUCAGUGUUACUACCCUGAACUGGAAGGACAGUUUCAAAAGGCAAGCUUGAGUGUGUAUAAUAAUUCCUGGAGUGUCAUUCAUGAUUUUACGCCUCUUCAAGAAGGAAACAACUGGAGUAUGUUAUCUGAUUCAACCUCCGUGGAGGAGGCUGUACCAAAACCAUCUACAGAGGAAUUCGCAGAUAUCGAUAUCUGUUACGACAUGGAAAAAAGUGUUGUCCCGUUAACGCGGGGUAAACGUUCAAAACGUCACGACGACUCGUGUUUGGUUACGUUCUUUCAAAAUAAUAAACCGAGUUGCAAAGUAUACUUAAAUAAACUGAUAGUUUCAACCCAGUACGAUAUCGUCCAGAGUAAAGAAAUCAGCAUGACCGUGGAAGACGCGGUCAGGAUUUUUAAAGAUGAUAAAUACUGCGAACUGGCCGAUAAGGGCCCUUUAGUUGGUUUGGAAUUAAAUGGAAAAGAUAUUAUUCAUCACAGUGAAGAAGUUCUGAAGGAGAUGGGAAUUAGUUUGAACAGCGUUUUUCUUUCUAAAGAUCAAAAGCACGCGAAAUCAGACAUUGAUUCUUUUUAUAAUUUCGUCGAUAUGACCAUGUCAACGUAAAACCUCGUUCCAUUUUUAUUAUUAUUAUUUUUUAUUAACAGUGCCGCUAAACAGUUUGUUCCUCAAGUAAUACUAUUGCGAAUUCCUGUAAGAAAGAGGGAUGACACACGUGGGAAUUUAGUGUCAGAACUAAUGUUUAACUUGGUAGUCAGUUUUCUUAACAAAGCUUCGGAGGUCGAAAUUCUCUUAUUUUCAAGUUUCAUAUGAAAAGCUUGACAUAAAGGUAUUACGGUCUAAAGUUUGUCUACUGAAGUAGCGCCUUAUGUGCAUAUUAAAUACUUAUUUUUUUUUACAUGGGCGCUUCACGGAGAGGGGUGUUUAUAAGAAUUUUUUUAAACAUAUAGAUCAAAGAGGAACUUGCUACACUUUAAGUUAAUUAUGUGAAGAAGAGGAUUGCAUUAAAAGUUUCCAAUUUAUAGAGAAAUAAAAUGAAAACAGAUUUUACACCAUGUACAGUCUGUUUUUAUUUACACUUUAAGAACAUAUUUAAAGUGAAAAGUAAGCGCGUAUCUAAAUCAUAUUCUAUUUCAUUAACCGCUUUCAUUUAUGGGAGGCACUUCUAGAAUAUGGGCGCUUGUUGUAUUUCGCGACAUUUACAUUGGCUGUUAUAUAAAAUUUUAUCAGCACAGUGGAAAUUUGUGUCAAAAUUUCAUCUAUAUUUCCUAAAAAAUUUUAAAGGGUUUUUCUUUUAGGCGUAUUUUGUGGUAUGGGCGUAUUGAUUUAUAUCCUAAUGUAUAAAAUACAUUGGGAUAUAAAAUACAUUGGGAUAUGAAUUUUAAGCCUUUCUCCCAUACUAUGUAGGCCAAGUUUUCUUUUUUUAAUAGUUCCACACGGUUCGAGCUUCACUAAGACUUGUUAUGGUUUUGUUGUACACGCUUUCAUUAUAAGAAUAUUAAGCUUUUAUUACAGGCUAAUAAUACCCUGGUUAAAAUUUUUAUCUUGUAAAAAUUACUUCGUAGUAAUGUAUUUAAUACUGAAGAGUAAUACAGUCAUGACAAUUCUGAUCUUUUAACAUGUAUAUUGAUAGUAAUAUAUUAUUAACAUAUUAUA